AUGAGCGAUAAACUAACAGAAAAAUUUGGCGAUAAUUUGGUAAGUGCAGAUAUGCGUUACGAUUUUCCUGUUUUCGAGCUAAAAAAGGUGGUUAUUUUUGAGGCUUUGAAAUUUUUGAAAGAAGAUGCGGAACUUAACUUUCAUUUUUUGACGACCUUGUGCGGGCUGCAUUUUCCUGAUAAUAGAGGUAAAGAGUUGGGUAUGAUGUAUCAACUGCAUAAUAUGCCCAAAAAUUGGCGUAUUCGUAUUUAUACGUUUAUGCCCGAAAAAGAGGUAGAUGUGCCUUCUGUUACAUCGCUUUGGCCUGCAGCAAACUGGUUAGAGCGCGAAACUUACGAUUUUUUUGGCUUUAAAUUUAUUGGGCAUCCUGAUUUGCGCCGUAUUUUGAAUAUGGACCAAAUGAACUAUCACCCUAUGCUCAACAUGAGCGAAUUAAUUAAGCCGAAGCCAACCAUAAAGGCGCCUGACAACAAAGAAUAUAAUAUUCUGAAUCUCGGACCUACUCACCCCGCAACGCAUGGUAUUUUUCAAAAUGUGUUAAAACUUGAUGGUGAAGUUAUUGUUGAUGCUCAACCGACUAUUGGGUAUAUUCAUCGCGCCUUUGAAAAACUUGCGGAGCGUCGCCCUUAUAAUCAAAUUACACCGAUUACCGACCGUUUGAACUAUUGUUCGUCGCCGAUAAAUAAUAUGGGCUGGCACAUGACAGUUGAAAAACUGAUUGGUGCAGAAAUACCCAAACGGGCAGAAUAUAUGCGUGUGAUUAUCAUGGAGUUAUCUCGCAUUGCCGACCAUAUUGUGUGCGAUACAGUAAUUGCAGUGGAUACUGGUGCGAUGACUGGGUUUUUGUAUUUAUUUCAAAGCCGUGAGCACAUUUACGAAAUUUUUGAAAAUAUUUGUGGCGCACGUUUGACGACCAAUAUUGGGCGCAUCGGUGGCAUGGAGAAAGAGUUUUCGCCGCAUACUUGGGAGUUGUUGAAUAAUUUUAUGAAAAAUUUUCCUGACCAAUUGCGCGAAUUUGAAAAGAUGGUGGUGCGCAACCGCAUUUUUAUGGAUAGAACCAUCAAUGUUGGUGGCAUUACGGCUGAGAAGGCGCUGGGCUAUGGCUUUACUGGUCCUAAUUUGCGCGCUGCUGGAGUGGAUUAUGAUGUGCGUGUUGCAAAUCCAUAUUGUAGCUAUGGCGAUUUUGAGUUUGACAUUCCGAUAGGAACGCAAGGCGAUACGUAUGACCGUUUUAUGGUGCGCCUCGAAGAGAUGUGGCAAAGUUAUCGUAUUAUUGAGCAAGCGAUAAAAAAUAUGCCUGACGGCAAAGUUCAUGCUGAUUUGCCCGAAUUUUAUUUGCCACCCAAACAAGACGUGUAUAGCAAAAUGGAAGCGUUGAUUUAUCACUUCAAGAUUGUGAUGGGCGAAACGCACGUGCCUAAAGGCGAGGUUUAUCAUAGUGUAGAAGGUGGUAAUGGCGAGUUAGGAUUUUAUUUGGUGAGCGAUGGCGGACGGACGCCGUAUCGUUUGCAAUUCCGUCGCCCGUGUUUUAUUUAUUAUCAAGCGUAUCCUGAGAUGAUUAAGGGUGCGAUGCUUUCUGAUGCGAUUUUGACGAUGAGUAGUAUGAAUGUGAUUGCGGAAGAAAUAAAAUUUUCGGAUAGCGCGAUGGCUGAAAUACAAGAAAUCGUCAGCCGCUAUCCAGCUGGGAAGCAGAAGUCGGCACUUUUGCCUGCGUUGCAUAUCGCUCAACGUGAAUUUGGGGGCUGGCUGAGUGCGCCUGUGAUGGAUUAUGUGGCAAGCAUUUUAAAUAUAAAACCCAUUGAAGUAUAUGAAGUUGCUUCUUUUUACACGAUGUUUAACCUAAAACAACGGGGUAAAUGCUUGAUUGAAGUAUGUCAAACCAGUUCUUGUUGGAUGAUGGGAGCAGAGGAUAUUGUGCGGCAUUUGGAAAAAAGAUUGGGUAUCAAAAAUGGAGAAACGACUCCCGAUGGUAUGUUUACCAUUAAAACGGUAGAAUGUUUGGGGGCUUGUGGCUAUGCACCGAUGUUUCAG